AAAUAAAUGGUUGACAUUUCUUGCAUAUAUGUUUUCCCUGUAGCUCUCUGAAUUUCAGGUUUCAAAGGCGGUUGCUUUCCCCAGAUCCAAUGUACGGAGUUAGGGCCCUACUCCGUGGUUAGUGCCAAUUCCACUGACCGAGGAUCCUCUUUUUUUCCCUCUUGCCUGAGGCGCCACUCGCCAAUCAGGUGACGGCAAGACCUGAAAAUGGGCGCCGAUGAUCGGAGCUAACAGGCAGAUUGAACCAAUCAAGGGGGUGAGAUUAUUCGAGACUCCAGGACGCUAACCGGGAGCGGAUUAGCCACACCAGUCUCUCAGUCUUGAGUCUUUCUUCCGCCCGGUCUUAAGGACCUCUUACUCACACCAGGUCCGUGGUCUCUUCCCCUUCCCAUUUUUAAAACUCAUUUCUUUUUUCUGUUUGGCCUGGCAGUCAUCCGCCGCAAAGAUGAUGCCUUUAAGACCAUCCAAAAGCGCCAUGCGCGCUAUGCACUACCAGAGGUAUAUGACCUCUGGAAGAAGGUGUUUCACCUCUUCCUCGGUGGCCGCAGCCGUUUCGCCCCACCGCUUUUCUGCUCAGAAACGAUCCCAGAGCACUGCUACAGCUGCUACUACAAAGUCUCGUCCCGCCCCAAGUCCCGCCUUCAACCUGGAACCUCAGCGCAGUGAAAUAUCGCAGUUGCAGAACCGAAAUGUGCCUGAAUUGGAUGAUUCCUUCGUUGGACUCAGUGGUGGAGAAAUUUUCCAUGAGAUGAUGCUCCGUCUCGGCGUCAAACACGUCUUUGGCUACCCCGGUGGCGCCAUUCUUCCCGUGUUCGAUGCUAUCUACAACUCCAAGCACUUCGACUUCGUUCUCCCUCGCCAUGAACAGGGUGCUGGACACAUGGCUGAAGGUUAUGCCCGGGCUUCCGGAAAGCCUGGUGUUGUCCUGGUUACUUCUGGUCCCGGUGCUACUAAUGUCAUUACCCCCAUGCAGGAUGCCCUCUCGGACGGCACGCCGAUGGUUGUUUUCUGCGGUCAGGUCCCGACCAGCGCGAUCGGUACCGAUUCUUUCCAGGAAGCCGACGUUAUCGGUAUCUCAAGAGCUUGCACGAAGUGGAACGUCAUGGUGAAAUCUGUCGCCGAGCUUCCUCGCCGGAUCCAGGAGGCCUUCGAAAUCGCCACCAGUGGUCGUCCUGGUCCCGUCCUGGUCGACCUUCCGAAAGAUAUCACCGCCGGUAUUCUCCGCAAGCCUAUCCCUAUGAACAGCACCAUUCCCUCUCUGCCGAGCGCGGCGAGCAUUGCGGCCCGUGAGUUGAGCAUGAAGCAGCUCGAAAGCACCAUCAGCCGCGUUGCUCGUUUGGUCAAUGUCGCCAAGAAGCCCGUUCUUUACGUCGGUCAGGGUCUUCUCGCUAACCCCGAAGGCCCAAAGCUCCUGAAGGAAUUGGCCGACAAGGCCUGCAUUCCGGUCACCACGACUUUGCAGGGUUUGGGUGGCUUUGACGAGCUGGACUCCAAGGCACUGCAUAUGCUGGGAAUGCACGGAUCGGCCUACGCCAACAUGGCUAUGCAGGAGGCUGAUUUGAUCAUUGCUGUUGGCGCCCGUUUCGAUGACCGUGUCACGGGUAACAUCACAAAGUUCGCCCCUCAGGCUAAGCUUGCUGCGUCCGAGAACCGUGGUGGUAUCGUACACUUUGAGAUCAUGCCUAAGAACAUCAACAAGGUCGUCCAGGCCAACGAGGCCGUCGAGGGCGACUGUGCUGAGAACAUUAGCCAUCUUCUUCCCCAUGUCAACAAGGUAUCGGAGCGUCCCGAGUGGUUCGCCCAGAUCAAUGACUGGAAGGCUCGCUUCCCUUUCUCUCUGUACGAGAAGCAGGCCGCUGAAGGUCCCAUCAAGCCCCAGACUUUGAUUGAGAAGCUCAGCGACCUCACCGCCCACAUGAAGGACCGUACCCUGAUCGCCACUGGUGUCGGUCAACAUCAGAUGUGGGCUGCCCAGCACUUCCGUUGGCGCCAUCCUCGUAGUAUGAUCACCUCUGGUGGUCUGGGUACUAUGGGUUAUGGUCUCCCCGCGGCUAUUGGCGCCAAGGUUGCUUGCCCGGAUGCCCUUGUCGUUGAUAUCGAUGGAGAUGCCUCCUUCAACAUGACCCUCACCGAACUCUCUACUGCUGCUCAAUUCAACAUCGGCGUCAAGGUCCUCCUGCUGAACAACGAGGAACAAGGUAUGGUGACUCAAUGGCAGAACCUCUUCUACGAGGAUCGUUAUUCGCAUACUCACCAGAAGAACCCCGACUUUGUUCCUCUGGCCCAGUCCAUGGGUGUUGCUGCUGAUAAGCUGGUCAACCCUGCUGAGAUGGAGGAGAAGCUGAAGUGGCUGAUUGAGAGCGACGGCCCCGCUCUGCUCGAAGUCAUUACUGACCGUAAGGUGCCUGUGCUCCCCAUGGUGCCCGCUGGCAGUGCCCUGCACGAGUUCCUUGUUUAUGACGAAGCCAAGGAGCAGGAGCGGAAGGCCCUGAUGAGGAAGCGGAAGGUCAUUGUCUAAGUUGACAUGCAUCAUGCCACGACGUGACCAACCGAUCCUGUAAUUGCAAAAUGCCCAUUGACCUUUUCUUAAUCUGUCGA